UUCAUUUUGUUGUGAAGGAAAUUUGAAUUUCCUCAACAGUUACAUUUCGAGCAUGAUCAAGUUUGCUUUAUUUUUAUUUUCGUUGCAUGUGGCCACAAGUUUUCUGUUGCAGAAUAUGCAGGUAGAGGCAUCAAUUGAUCCGAGCGCCCAUAUCGGUGAUUUUACAAAUAUUGAUCCGACUGCGAUCAUAAAAGCCAAUGCACGAAUUGGCGAUUUCGUAUCCAUUUAUCGGCUCGUAACGGUUGGAGAAAACAGUAAAGUCGGCAAUUUUGCUAGAAUCGAUUCGAGUGUGAUUAUAAAGGCCAAUGCACGGAUCGGUGAUUACGCAUCAAUUGAUCGGUUCACAUCAGUCGCAGAAAAAAGUAAAGUCGGUGAUUUUGUUGUCAUCGCUCAGCGCUGUACUAUCGCAAAUGACGUAACCAUUUCAAAUUUCGUAAAAUUUGCUACUGGCACCGCAAUCGGAACUGGCUCUAUUGUCCAUGAAUACGUAAAAACGAGAACGAAUGUAACAAUCAGGAACGGAGUAGAAGUAAAUGAUUUUGCAUCCAUUGGAAAUGAUGCGGAAAUUCAAGACGACAGUUUUAUCGAUGAGUAUGCCUCGAUUGGUGCCGAUGUCAAAGUAGCAUCCAAAGUCUAUAUUGGCCAAUUUUCAUCGAUCCAAGCGAAUGCGAUCAUACGUGAAUUGGCAAUCAUUCAUGUAUGCGUUAAAAUACCAAGUGGCGCAACGGUAGAAAACAACGAAGUCGUAAUUCGAUCACCAUCAACUUAUGAAUUGUAUAAGAAGUGUGCAGUGAUCAGCAGCAUCUCAGAUGCACAAAUUAAGAUCGCAGCUGAUAGAAGUUCUGUGCCUUCGGCUCCAUUCAAUGCAAUGUUACGCCCACUGAUCGAUGCUCAGAUCAAUGGUGUGAAAACAAAAUGUAACCAUGGGAAUAUGACAACCAAACCAGACUUGGCCGUAAUCAAAAGCUUGUAUUUAAUUCAAUAUUACGGCUUGGAACGUUUCAAAGAAGCGCAACCAAAAGCACAUGGAUGGAAUAUUGAAGUGAUUAACGCGGUGGUUUACGUCGAUGGAUUCAGGUUUGAGCCGGAUUAUCAUUUUAGAGAAAAUUCAGCAAAAAAUAUAUUGGAGUCUGAUGUGAAGAAGAAGUUCAUUCAACUAUUGGAAAUGGAAGAGGAUUCUGAACGUAAAAAUCGUGUUAAAAAUGACACCUUCUGCUCGGUCACUGCACAAAUACUAAACGGACAACGAGAAUUAACUGUUGCAGAACCAAGCUGCCAACCGAAUGUAGGCAUCAUCAAUGAUGGUGGUUUGAAUCCCGGACACUAGGGGGAUAGCGCUCUUACUUUGAUGAUAGAAUCUAUUCUUUUCAUUCAAAUCUAAUAAAAUCUACGGACUUUCUUUAGUUUUUAACUUAAACUGAGACAAAAAAGAGUGUCAUUUGUUUAUCCGAUUUAAAUAUAUUUCUUGGUGAGAGAAAAGGUAUGAGUCAUCCAAACACUGUUGUGCAGCACACAAGAACCAUUCAAAUUGAUUUUGGUGAAAGAACACAAUUCAUGUCGUAUAUCAUCUAUUCGUCUAAUGGAUAAUAGUGUGCUGUCGUCCAACCGCCCAUUCGAUGUAAAAGCAUAUGCUUUUUUCUUAUCAGUAGAUGUAUAAAACUCUUGCUUCAAUUAACUCGAAAUAUUAAUUGAAAUGAUGAUACAAAGCUCUUCGGUUGGUACUCUGUACUGUCUGCCAAUACAAAUUCCAGGUGUAUCCUCUACGAUUACAACACGGAUAUCCAUAUGGUUACGUUGGCACCUCUGACCUCAAAUCUGAAAUAUUGUGUACGAUUUGUAUUUGGACGGUCAAACGCCAACCACGUGCGUACAUAAUCCCUAGGGGCCUCUAACUCUGAACGAAUAUUCCAUAUUACCACGUAUAAACGCCGUAUAUUUUGUGCAUAUUUCACAUAUAACCCGCGUAUACGCCGUAUAUUUUAACCAUUUCUUAUAA